UCUCUGAAUCCAUCCAUGUUUGCUGAAAUUUUUAGUUUUUUCAGACCAAAUCAGUUCUGAACCCCCCUCUCGUCAUCAUGCUGCUGCUGUACCCGAGCGUGAUUGGAUUCACCAUCACGGAGCGCUACACCAAGUACAGCCUUCUCAUUCCCAUCCCAAACGUACCUGGCGCCCCUCCUCCUCCCUCCGCUCUGGGUGGGCCGCAGGAUGAGUGGCUCACGGCGUCCCCACGCGCCCUCUGGUACACAGCCCUCUCGUUCACGGUUGUGGUGGCGAUCCAUCUGUUCCUGGUCGUCCACCUCACCCUCAAAGGACCUCCAGGUUCGCCGAUGAUGGCGGGCGCCUUCGCUUGGAUCGCCCCAGUGGUGUUCUGGCUUUCAACCAGUACCUACUUUGUCAUGUACAUCAGCUUAGCCCGAUACGGGGUGGCUAUGAUUGAAUGGGUUAUCGCUGGGACAUGCUCAGGCGCGCUGCUCCUUGUCACUUUAAUGCUUAUUUGCAGGGCCGUCUCUCUCUCCAAGGUGGUCGACCAGCGACCCGGCGCCCCUGUUUGAUCAUCCUGCGUCUGGGAAGGAACAGCAGCACUCCAGUAGCAGCAGAAGGGUUCUAGUGUUAGUGGUAUGGUAUGGUCAUGGCCAUGCGUCGAUUCGAGAAGAUAUGAAAACACAGUAGUAGAAGUAGUACUCCAGUAGCAGCAGCAGGUUUUAGUGUUAGUGGUAUGGUAGUCGCAUCUACUUCGUAAUGUUUUAGCCUAGCCACUUAACCAGUUGGGUGUAUUUUUGGAAGCUAUGGACUCAAUCAAAAUGCAGGGCGAAGUAUUUUUGAA